AAUAGAAAUCAAAACACUGUAAACAGUAGAGCGUCUCUACACAGACUACAUACUAUAUUAAGUAAUAUUACCAGUUAUUACCUCCCAAUGGAGCAAUUUAAGGAUGCUCACUACUUUCACAUACCAUCCCAAGGCAAUAUCUAUACGAUGACUGAACUGCGGUUGGCAAAUGGGAAAAGUUUGGUACUAGCCGCCUCUUUAAAGCGCGAUAUUUUCUACUUUGAAUAUUCCGAAGCCUCCCUGAGCUUGGACCCAGCCACAAAAGAGAUUUCCUUCACUUAUAUUCCAAGUGGGGCCGAAAUAAUCUCAAUAGAUGCGUUCAAUAAAUCGUCUAUUACUAACGAAGCAGUCAUAGGUAUUACAAUAAUUAAGAAUAGUAAUGAUUCUGAUACUUUGGAAACCUUUUUAAACAUUUACUCCCAAUUAGAAGAACAUGAGGAUUUCAACAUUGAAAAUAUUGCCCAAAAUUGCCUUACAGUAGAACUCAACUUUAUUCCUUACCAACUUUUGCACACCGAACUAAUAACAUGGAAGGGUGAUAAAAUUGCCAAAAAAGAAAUCGUUUUUAUUCUAACAGGAAGCGAUAACCUCGUUCACAUUUAUCAUGAAAACACAUCGGAACAUAGUUAUAAAGAUAUAGAUAACAGGGACUUAUUUCCGGAAUUCGGCAAAACUCCCAGUCCAGUUAUAUGGAUUGAUAUUUGCCACUUAAAUAAUUAUGAAGAACGUGUAACAGCAUUUGGAUGCGAAUGCGGAUACGUGAAACUUCUAAAAGUUAACACCAAAACCAAUAAAGUCAUCUAUAAUUUCUCAACAAGAUUUUCCAAUUACAUCUCAAAGGUGCAGUUGUAUUUCGAAAAUGAAGUCAAACAUCCGGACCAUUUUGGGAAAAUUAUCUCCAAAUUUGCGACGGAAAAAAAGGACGCUCGUCAAGUGUUGAACUUAAUUGUAGUUAACUCGUUAUUGCCUUCUGUGUUAUUUAGGGAUGUUCUAAAAUAUGGCCUAAGUGAUUAUCUCACAUUAGCGCGUCAUAAUAAUAGCACAGUUUUUACAAGUUGUAUAGUGGCAGAUAUUGACUUUGAUGGUCAAAAGGAAAUUUUACUUGGAACGGGUUCAGAGGAAAUUAUUUUAUAUAAGAGAGAUAUCAAAGAGAACAAAUGGUAUUUGGAGGAAAUUAAGAACCUUGUCGCUCCUAUUCUCUCCAUGACAUAUUUGGAUAUAUCUGGGGAUGGUGUUAAAGAGUUGAUUGUAUCGUCCAUGAAAGGAAUUCAUGUCUUACAGCACGAUCCGAAAUUCGUUCAAAAGAAGCUAACCGAACGAGUAGAUGCUCUUGUAAUUCCAAAAAUAGUUUAAAAUGGCUUUUAGGGAGGAUCGAAUUAUUAUUAUUAUUAUUAUUGAAUAAAAGAAGAUAUUCCAUUAGC